AUGGUAAAUGAAUCUGGACGUGAAUCAGACCUGGGUUUCAGUAAACUGAAACCUCAGCUCCCACUCAAUGACCACCUAAAUAUUCUCGAAGAAAAUAUUUGCAGGCUGCUUCCCCUUCCACCUCUGGAAAAACUCAAAGAUGAAGGCGAGACAGACAAGGACAAGGAGCACAUCAAUUUCCUCUAUGAACGAUCCAUGGAUGCCCUAGGAAGGCUGCUGAGGACCAUGAUGUGGGAUAAUGUGAAAGCGGAGGACUGCCAAGAAAUGUUCAAUGGAGAUAUCCAGCCUGACCCAUUUAACCCAUCGCAUAGGGCCAGUCCACUUAAGAAUUGUUUGUGGGAGCUUCUCCGAAUGUGGCUUGUCUCACAAAAAGAUUGGGAAAGAGAAAGAGCCUUCCAGAUCACUGCAGAAGUGCUGACAAACGAUAUCGAGGCACCAGAGGACUUUAAAAUCGGCUCCCUCCUCGGCCUCCUGGCUCCUCACUCCUGUGACACCCUGCCCACCAUCCGUCAAGCAGCCGCUAGCUCCACUAUUGGUCUGUUCUGUAUAAAAGGCACCCACCCGGAGGUGGAAAGACUGCAGAGUCUGCAGGAAGGGCUGCAGUGUGAUGACGGGCAGGUCCAGAUCAAGAUUUCUUCUAAAAUAGCGAAGAUUGUCAGUAAACUCAUCCCAGUUGAAGAAAUCCUACUGUUCCUGGAGGAAACCCUGGAUGGUCUGGAGAGCCUUAACUCCGCCUGUACCCAGGCUUGUGGCAUAUGGAUGAUUACGGUCCUGAAGGAGCAGGGAGCCGCUUUGGAAGAACAGCUGUUGGAGAUCUUGAUCAUGAUUUACCAUCACAUGCCAGUCCUCAGGCAAAAGGAGGAAAGUUUCCAGUUCAUGCUGGAAGCCGUCUCUCAGAUCGCCAGCUUUCACAUGGAGGCAGUCGUCGCCAACCUUUUACAGAAACCUCUGCCCUUCGACAGGGACACAAAGACGUUGUGGAAGGCUCUGGCUGAGAACAUAGCCUCCAGUAGUAAACUCUUGAGAGCCUUAACAGACAAACUUGAGAAUGAAUUAGAGGAUGACAUGGCCGGGACAGAAGCGAUUUCAGUGGCCUGUGCUAUGUAUGAAGUGGUAUCAACAGGCACCCCCAUCACCAGCUUGUACCCGGAGCUGUUCACUCUUCUCCUGAAGCUGGUCAGCUGCACACUGGGCCAGACAAUGCCCAUUUCCACCUGGAGCCACAGGCGGCGGGUAAUGCAGCAGGGAGAACGGCAGCAGACCGCAGACCCCUGCAGGCUCUCGACGGCGACUCUGAAGUGUGUGCAAGCCCAAGCCAUGAAAGAAGGUCUUGCCAAGGAAUCUGAUGAGGGGGACAAUUUAUGGACCCUCCUCAGCAGUCCCAGUACCCACCACGUGGGAGUGUGCGCACUGGCCAGGAGCAUGGCACUGUGGCAGCGUGGGCUCAUGCUAGACAUCAUAGAGCAACUGUUCUCAUCCCUGACCUCCUCCUCGGAGAACUACCGCAUCACUGGCACAGCUUUCUUCUCUGAGCUCAUGAAGGAGCCCAUCCUUUGGAAGCACGGGAAUCUACGGGAAGUGCUGAUCCUCAUGGACCAGAGCGCCUGGGACUCCAACGCCACGCUGAGGCAAAUGGCCAUCCGAGGGCUUGGUAACACAGCUUCUGGAGCCCCUCACAAGGUGAAGAAGCAUAAGCAGAUAAUAUUAGAAUCUAUCAUCAGAGGCCUAUACCACUUGGCCCGCACCGAAGUCGUCUGUGAAAGCUUGAAGGCUCUAAAAAAGAUCCUGGAGCUGCUCACAGACCGAGACGUGAGCUUCUACUUCAAAGAGAUAGUGCUGCAAACGAGAACAUUCUUUGAAGACGAGCAGGAUGAUGUGAGACUGACUGCCAUCUUCUUAUUUGAGAAUCUGGCAUCCCUAACAGGAAGAAGGUGGAAGAUAUUUUUUGCAGAAGAAAUAAAAAAGAGCAUGAUUUCAUUCCUUCUCCACCUCUGGGAUCCCAAUCCCAAGAUCGGAGCUGCUUGCCGUGAUGUCCUGAUCAUCUGCAUCCCUUUCCUGGGCCUUCAGGAACUCUAUGGGGUGUUAGAUCAUCUCCUUGAUGGUCAGGAUCUACCAAGGGCCAGGGAUUUCUACAGGCAAUUCUGCGUGAAACUGGCAAAGAAAAACCAGGAAAUCCUGUGGAUCCUCCACACACACUCAUUCACCUUCUUCAGCAGCAACUGGGAGAUGAUCCGGAGCACUGCUGUCAAACUCACAGAUGCCAUUGUUCUCAAUUUGACCAACCAAUAUGUGCAGUUAUUAGACAAAGAACAACUGACCACACGGCUCCAAGCUCUUCGGCAAGACCCCUGCAUCAGUGUCCAGAGAGCAGCUGAAGCUGCCUUGCAGACCCUCCUGAGAAGGUGUAAAGAGCUAGGCAUCCUUCUGUAAAUCAUCAAGAAAUAAACAGCUAGGCUUUUUCU